CUCUCUCGGCUGCACUUUACCACACGCAGCUUCAGUGGCCCACAGGGCCACGUGCGACAUCAACGCUACCGACGAUGUCCGUCGAUCCUGACACGGUAUACAUCGUCCAUUCUAAGCCGAAGCACGACUCUCACGCCGACGCCAUCCGUCAGUUCGAGGGAGACUUCGAGUGCCUCUCCAACACCUACAAGUGCCCCGUUUCGUUGCGCGGAGAUCCAGAGCCUUACCCAAGCGUCGAGCAUGCAUUGCAGGCAUCCAAGACGGACGACUUGGAGCUGAAGGCCGCCAUCAGACUCGCCAAAAAUGCGAUAGAGGCCAAAAAAAUCGCACGGGCCGCCAAGCCAAAGCCGGAUUGGCGAGGGAGUUCCGAGAAGAUCGCGGAGGCCCUGGUGCGAGACAAGUUUCGGCGAAACGCCAAGGCGAGGGAGGUUCUCGUCGGGACUGGCCGCGUCAAGCUUGUCUACACCAACACUCACGACGAUCGAUUUUGGGGAGUGUGUACCGGCAAGGGCGAGAACAAGCUCGGCAAACUCCUGGAACGGGUCCGGGCGGACGCUCUCGCAGGCAAGGACACGGAGGCGUGGUGCGCUACGCGCUUUCAGCUGGCCCUCCCGCUUGACGUGAUGGUGGGGUUCGCGGUGUCCAAGGCUGGGAAGAUCGUUGCGGACCCGUCGUUCGAAGGAAAGCCGGUCAUCAGGAUGGGCAAGCUGGCGGACAACGAGGUGGUGAUGGCACACCCUUCCGUGAGCCGAUCCCACGCCCUCCUCGUGGUGGACAGGUCUUUGGGAGCGUUUCUCGUCGACCUGGGCGCAUCCAACGGAUCCUUCGUUGAUGGACGGCGGAUAUCACCGUAUGUUCCGGAGCCCAUCAAGGCCGGCGGUGCUGGCCUUACCUUCGCCAAGUCAAAGCGCACGUACACCCUCACGCAAGUCGAGACGAACCUUAGGGAAGCCAAGAAAGGACGGCUGUAUGCCAGCAUGUCUGAUCCCAUGGCGUCCGCCGCGCAGCCCGAUCCAGACUCGACGGUUUACGUGGGCAACUUGGAUCCCUCGGUGACAGAAGACGACAUUCGCGAGUUCUUCGCGGAGUGUGGAGCGAUCGCGUCGAUCCGUAUUCCUCAGGACAAGGCGACGGGCAAGAUGCGAGGCAUCGCUUUCGUCGCAUUCGCCAAGCAUUCGGGGGUGCUGCAGGCGCUCACGCUGCACAUGGACGAUCUCAAGGGCCAGAGCGUCAAGAUCAGGCGUGCCGACACUGCCAAGCCCCGCGAAAACGGCGGUGCGCAGCACAAGAAGCCGGUGCCGAACGCUACCGCUUCCGCGCGACCUUCACCGCGCGCCGUGCAAGGCGCUGGAGGCAUGGGCAGCGGCGGCGGCGGCGGCGGAGGUGCUUCCGACCCCGCUAUGAAGAGCGCGAUAGAGUUGGCGACGGCGGCGGUCAUUAAGGCGGCGGAGGCAUCGAAAGCCAAUGCCGCGGCCGCCGCCGCCGCCGCCGCCGCUGCGGGUGGGGAUGGCGGACAGGGCGCCCCGAAGCGGCAGAAAACACGCGAUGGGUUUGGCGAGGAAUCCGCAACGGCCAGGAACAAACGAGGCAACAGGUGGGGCGACACUCAGGAAGAGGGCGGCAGAGGGAACGGGCACAGCAUGCCGGGAACGACGACAAUAUCGACCGCAUCUGGAACGGCCGGUGCUGACGACGCAGGUGCAAGGAAAAGCCAUGGUGAGGGAGAACGGCGGCGAGAUCGGCGGGGUGGAGAUGAAUCCGUUCGGGAUACAGGCGGCAGGUCCCGAGACGACGGCGGGGGCAGCCGGAGGGACGGUGAUCGGUACGACGGUAGACACCGAGGAGACAGUCGAAGGCGCGAUGACGGCCGCGGCGGCGGUAGAAACGCGACUGGUAGGGGCGAGGACAAGGGGAGGAGGGAGGUCAGCGACGACCGGUCUGGCGGCGGCGGGGGUGGUGGUGAGAGGAGGACCCACUCGGAUCGCAGCCGGGGCGGCGGUCGUUCUGGUCGGGAAAGUCGACGCAGCGAGAGCUUCGACAGAUACGGUGCCAGGGGCGAGCGAGGCAGACGAGACGAUGAACACGUGCACCGCAGGGCGCCUCGCGAGAACGGAAAUGGCAGCGGCGGCAGCGGCGGCGGUAGAUCCGGCAGAGGCCGGCGGGACGACUGGGACCGGGCAGGGGACAGAAGGGGGGACAGCGAGCGUGGCGGCCGCGUAGAGGACGAAGGCAGACGCCAUCGGGAUGUCAGCAUGGACGACGGCGGGAGGCACAGGGACAACGGAGGCGGGGGCAGCAGCAGCAGGAAGAAAGGCGAAGAGGGAAGCAGCAGAGACAGGAGGAAGGAUAAUUAUCACGGAGAUAACCGCGGUGCGGCGAGGCCGAGGUCCCGCUCUCGCUCGCGCGGUCGGCGAUAAUGGCGUAUCCUGUCCGCCGGAGUUGAAACAGAGCACGACACGGCGGGAAGUAUCCCCGCCUGCCAUGGGUGCACCACCCUCUUUUGCGGAGCAAGUUUUCGUGUGGGUUUGCAAUAUGUCGGGGAGAAGUUGUUCGUUUCGUCCCCGGUGGAAAGGGGAUGGGCACAGCCUCGACUCGCGAGUCCUUGAGCUUUGUCCAAACAGUUGGGUACAACAGCCUGGAAACUUGUGUAUCGGUCCGACGUUCAGAAAGUUCUUGGCUGGCCUCCGGUUGAUGUCACCAUCUGCGCUCGGUAUGAACGGUGGGCCUCAUGGAGACUUCUUCGAUAGCUGCCAAUGGGCAACGAAUCCAUCAGUAUUGCUUCUUCAGAUGGCGACGGAGAAUGCACCGCUUAGAGGAUGUUUCGCGUGUGUGUGCUGUCUGGCAUUCCGGUUUACAAGCGUAGACUACUCUCAAUUCACUGCCCUGCUUGUGAGGGUCAGCGUUCCUUUCCCUUCCUCGGCAGAUGACAGCGAGGUGAGGCAAGAGGGGUAUGUCAAGCCCAACAGACGGAGAGCAGCUGAUGGCUGCCACACUCGCAACGUUUGCGGGGGCAUUAAGGAAUCACCUCAGU